AUGGCCUCGCAGAAACCUGGAGAAUGGGUGCAGUCGCUCAUAACAAGAUUUGAUGCCCAGUUACCUGUGAAGAGAGGCCAACACACAAAUCAAUCAAUCCAGAACGUGGAGCAGAACAAGGAAUGCCUUAUCAAUGUCAGCCGUUACAAAUUUUCAUUGGUUAUCAACGGACUCACCAAGACACUACAGUCCGUCUCAAAUACGCGCAUAACUGGGCCUGAAAUGGAACGCAACUUCUAUGAGUCUCAGUUAAUUAUUUUGGACACUUUAGAACAAGUACUAAAUUCACAACCAAAAGAUACAACACGCCUAGAUGAAGCUAUGUAUGUAAAACUACUGUUACCAGAGAUCUGCAAAUUUCUCAACUAUCCUAAUGAUACCACUUCCCUUGCCCUACAGUUAAAAAAUUUGGCCUCAAAAGUUCUUUAUGCUCUUAGCCAAAACAAUUUUACUGCUGUUUUUAAUAGAAUCUCAGCUCGUUUGACUGCCCUAUCCACUUGCAAUGAGGACCAAUCAGAUAUGUCAGAUUUGGAAUUAAUACAACACAUCAAUGUGGACAUAUUGCGGCUUAUCAAAUUGUUGAAUGAUAUUGUUACAAAAUUCCGAACAUUAAAACAAAAAGCAGUAAUCUAUACUUUGGCUCACAAUAUUGAAAAGGCCAUUUGGAACUGGAUGGACAACUAUCCUCUAGAGUUUAACAAUCUACAACAGAAACCAAAUAAUGAUUUGCAAGAUUGCUGUGAUAAAUUGUUUGAACUGUUCAACAGUUUCACGGAAAACUCUAAGAAGAAGGCUACAGUCUGGCCUCUACAGAUGAUGCUUCUUAUUUUAUGUCCUAAUAUCUUACAAGAGAUUCAGAAUGCUGAGUGUGGGGCACCUUGUUCACCACAAAUGACAAAAAAGAGACAUUUUGUUGAUGAAGCUCGUAAAGCUAUAUCCAGCCACCAUGGCGGCAGCUCUAAAGCUUUAUUGCAAACUGAAGGGGCUGCAGUUACAUUUGUACGCAUGUGCAAGGCAUCUACAUAUAUCAACAUUAAUGACCGACCUAAUGUAUUAUUUACAUUGGUCCAGUCAGUUACUCAUGACCUUAAGGCCUUAUUAUUUAGCCCACCUUUAAAUACCAAAUUCAGUCGCAGCCAGAGCAUUAUUGGUCAGGACAUAGAGUUGUACAUUGACUGUUUCGUAUCAUUUUUCCGCAUCAAUCCAUACAUUGGAGAUCUACCUAAGGUCUGCCUUAAUCCAAAUUCUCCACUCUUUUACCAUCUGGUAUUAGUCAAUGCUCUAUACAAGAUCAUCACACAGCCACGUCUUACAUGGUGGCCAGAAAUCAGAAACAUGUAUAGCAAGGCUGCUGAAUUGCGCAGCAUGUUUACUGAUGCUGUUAACAAGAUAAUGCUAGCAACAGCCAGUCAAGGACCAAAGACACAGUUUUCAUCCAUUACCAAGAUGACUGGGUUCAAGCUGGCUCGAACUGGUGAAGAAACUACAAUGCAGAGAUAUUUUCUAUUGGGUUUAGUAAAACUAAUACAUGCUGAUCCUCUCCUUAUGCUGCAUAAUCCUGAUAAAUCUGGCCUUGAGGUACAGAAGAGCACCUCAGAAUUAAUUAAUGGUCUUGUGUUUCUUGUCCAUGUGCAACAAAUGCCUGAAAUUGCAAAAGAAGCCAUGGAGGCUCUCCUCCGGUUACAUCAGCCUGAAAGUAUUGAUUUGUGGAACCCUGAAGCCCCAAUCAACACUUUUUGGGAAAUAAGCUCUCAAGUGCUUACUUCAGUUUCACAAAAAUUGAUUCAGAACCAACUGAACCCUUAUUUGGUUCCAACUGCCAGCAAUACAGAGAUUCUGAAGUGGCUCCUUGAGAUCCUCAUCUGUCGAAACAGCUUUUUGCAGAAACACAGCAUCAAUGCUAACUUGGGUAGUAACAUUACAAUCUGCCAAGACUCGCAUAUACUGUUAGAGGUUGUCUUCUUUAUCUACCUGUGGAGCAUUGAUGUUGCUGCUGUUUUAACUGCUAUGUCCUGCUUUCAUAUGUUGUGUGAAGAGGCAGAUAUUCGGUGUGGAGCAGAUGAGGUGGCAGUGACUCAGAUCCUGCCCAAUUACAAUGUAUAUACAGAACUUGCAGCUGCCAGCAUGACACUCACCACAGGAAGAGCUUUACUGCAAAAGAAGAUUAUGGGACUGUUACGAAAAAUUGAUCAUCCAACACCAGGAAAUACCCAGGCUUGGGAAGAUACUUGCAAAGCAUGGGACAAUGUUACCAGGGUCCUUGACAUUUAUCCAAAAGGUAAACCUGAAGAAGGAAGUGGCUCAGGUAGUUUAGGAGAAACUAUUCGUUUACGAAGGAAACCAACUCAUCAUGGAACAUCUGAUCAUGAAUUGGAGGAUCAACUGAAUGAAUGGGCCAACAUGACUGGAUUCCUGUGUGCUUUAGGAAGUGUUGCACUACAGAACAAGUCUCAUCGAUCUAAUUUAGCACAAUCCCCUUCUAUGCCUGGAUGUAGUAUGUCUCGUAAGAGUAGCCUGAUGCAGAAUUCUUCUACAGAUACUCAAUGUUGUCUUGUGACACACUUUAUUGAAAAUCUGCUAAAAUUUCUGGUUUGUCAGCAUGAGAAGUUUGGAGCUAAUAUACAAAAACACGUUAAAGAAUUUUUGGGUCAUGAAUUAAACCCAGCUCUAUAUCCCAACCUUUUUGAUCAAAUCAAAAUUAGUGUAGAGCGGUCUUCUUUUGAUUCUUCAGGGCAGGUGGAGGUUACAGAACUGAAUACUCAAUUCAUUGAGAACAUUAUAUUUAUCAUGAAGAACAUCUUAGAGAUGAAAUCUGACCAGCCAUGCGAGUACCUUGGUGUGACAAGCAUUGAAUCUAUGAUGCUAUCCAUUGUUAGGUAUGUUCGUCAUUUAGACUCAAGUGUCCAUGCUAUUCAAAUCAAGAUCAAACUGUGUCAGCUUGUGGAAGCCAUGAUGUCUAGACGAGAUGAACUGACUUUCCGUCAAGAAAUGAAAUUCCGUAACAAAUUGGUUGAAUACCUGACUGAUUGGAUCAUGGGAAACUCUCAUCAAGUUAACAUCCAAGGAGAUAUCUGUGGCAUGUCUAGAGAUCUAGAUCAGGCCAGUAUGGAAGCUGUUGCUGCUUUGUUGGCUGGCCUACCUCUGCAGCCAGAAGAGAGUGACCGUGGAGAUCUAAUGGAAGCCAAGUCCCAACUGUUCUUAAAGUAUUUAACUUUAUUUAUGAAUUUGCUGAACGACUGUUCAGAAGAAGAGCAGGACAAGGCCAUGGAUCCAAACCGCAAACGGAGCAUGUCUAAUCUGAGUGCCCUCCGACAUUGCACUGUUCAAGCCAUGUCUAACCUGCUCAAUGCUAACAUAGAGAGUGGCCUCAUGAAUUCCAUUGCUUUGGGAUACCACAAAGAUCCUCAGACUCGAGCAGCUUUCAUGGAAGUAUUGACAAAAAUUUUACAACAGGGAACAGAGUUUGAGACACUUGCUGAAACAGCAUUAGCUGAUAGGUUUGAGCGAUUGGUGGAAUUGGUCACCAUGAUAGGAGACAAGGGGGAUCUCCCUAUUGCCAUGGCACUGGCCAGCGUCAUAUCAAGGACACAAAUGGAUGAGCUGGCUAGAGUAUUUGUCACUCUGUUUGAUGCUAAACAUCUUCUGUAUCAACUUUUGUGGAACAUGUUCUCCAAGGAGGUGGAAAUUGCUGACUGUAUGCAAACUCUGUUCAGAGGAAACAGCCUUGCAAGCAAGAUCAUGGCAUACUGUUUCCGCUUUUAUGGACAGAACUAUCUUCGCGAGUUGCUUAACCCCCUCAUUCGAGAAAUGAUGGAUAUGGAACGACAAAAUCCUAAUUUGUCAUAUGAAAUUGACCCUUCAAGACUUGAGCCAACUGAGAAUAUUGAAGAAAACAAAAAGGAUUUAAUAAAUAUAACCCAGAAGGUAUUCAAUGCCAUUGUUGGAUCUGCUUCUAGAUUUCCCCCUAAGCUGUGCACUAUGUGCAACUGUCUCCACUGCGCCAUCAGUCUCCGUUUUCCUCUGGACAGCAUCUUGGCCACUGGCACAGUCAUCUUCCUGCGCUUUUUCAAUCCAGCACUAGGUAACAUUCUGUCGUUCCCAGCCAAACUGCGAAGUAUGUGCCACUGUCUGUCCCAAGUGGUAGGCCAGCGCUUUCAGCAAAGCACAUUUGAGGCUCUAUGGACCGUGAUCGGCACUGUGAUUUUUUUACGCUUCAUCAACCCAGCAAUAGUGUCUCCUUUUGAAUCUGGAAUCAUUGAUGAAGAACCCACACCAAGAGUAAAACGAGGUCUAACUCUCAUGUGUAAGAUAAUGCAGAACAUUGCCAACCAUUUACUGUUUAGCAAAGAGCAGCAUAUGCGAGCUUUUAAUGACUUCUUGAAGACCAACUUUGAGGCUGGCCGCAAAUUCUUCAAGGAGAUUGCAUCAGAUUGUGAGACUGUGGAUGCUGGCAACCACAAUUUGUCUUUCAUCAAUGAUGCUAAUGUUCUUGCAUUACAUCGCUUGUUGUGGAAUAAUCAAGAGAAAAUAGGGGACUAUUUGUCAAGUAGCAGGGACCAUAAAGCUGUUGGUAGGAGGCCUUUUGACAAACUGGCAACAUUAUUAGCAUAUUUGGGCCCUCCAGAGCAUCGACCUCUUGAUUCGCAGUGGAGUACAAUGGAUAUGACAAGCACGAGAUUUGAAGAACUCAUGUCAAAGCACAAUAUGCAUGAAAAAGAUGAGUUCAAAUCCCUGAAAAGCCUUAACAUUUUUUAUCAAGCUGGAACUAGCAAAUCGGGAUAUCCAGUUUUUUAUUAUAUUGCUCGCAGAUACAAAGUUGGCGAAAUUAAUGGAGACCUGUUGAUAUAUCACAUAUUGCUCACAUUGAAACCAUACUAUAAUAAUCCUUUUGAAUUGGUUGUUGAUUUUACACAUACUUGUUCAGAAAACAGAUUUAGGACUGAUUUCUUAAAUAAAUGGUUUGUUGUGAUGCCAGAGGUUGUCAACCAAAACAUCUUUGCUGCCUAUAUCUAUAACUGUAAUUCAUGGGUCAGAGAGUAUACCAAAUACCAUGACAGAAUAUUGGCACCGUUGAAGAAUAGUCGAAAGUUGAAAUUUAUUGAACAUCCUUCGCAUCUGCAUGAGUAUAUUGAUACUGAUAAUUGUGGGAAGAUGCCUGGAACAACGUUGGCUUUAGAAGAAGACUUGAAAGUGUAUAAAGAUGCCCUGAAAUUAUCUCAUAAGGACACAAAAGUGGCCCUCAAGGUUGGGCCAAAUGCCAUCCAAGUGACAUCUUCAGAACGUAGCAAAGUGCUUGGUCAUCAAGUUUUGCUCAAUGAUGUUUAUUAUGCCUCAGAAAUUGUGGAAGUGUGUUUGGUUGAUGACAACCAGUUCACACUUACCAUUGCCAAUGAAACCGGACCGUUGUCUUUCAUCCAUAGUGACUGUGAUACCAUUGUGAAUUGCAUCAUCCAUAUCAGGACCAGAUGGGAGCUAUCCCAACCCGAUACAGUUACGGUACAUACAAAAAUCCGACCAAAAGAUGUUCCUGGAACAUUACUCAAUGUUGCAUUGCUCAACUUGGGCAGCUCUGAUCCCAGCCUUCGUUCAGCAGCCUACAAUCUACUCUGUGCUCUCACACAGACAUUUGACCUCAAGAUAGAAGGUCAAUUGCUGGAGACAACAGGCUUGUGCAUUCCUGCAAACAACACCAUUUUCAUCAAAUCCAUCAGUGAAAAGUUAGCAGCCAAUGAACCACACUUGACAUUAGAGUUCCUUGAGGAAUGCAUUCAAGGAUUUGGUCACUCCAACAUAGAAAUGAAGCACUUGUGUCUCGAAUACAUCACUCCUUGGCUGCCCAACCUUACAAGGUUCUGCAAGCAGGCUGAUGAAAACAAACGUCAGAAAGUGGCUUUAAUCUGGGAUAAACUGAUCACCAUGACCAUUGAGGAAGUGGAGAUGUAUCCAUCCAUACAGGCCAAGAUCUGGGGCAACAUUGGUCAAGUGGCUGAGUUGCUGGACAUGGUCUUAGACAGCUUCAUCAAGCGGAGUGUGACAGGUGGCCUUGGCUCCAUCCAGGCUGAGAUCAUGGCGGACACAGCAGUCGCAUUGACCUCAGCAAAUGUCCAACUUGUAUCACGGAAAGUCAUAGGACGCUUAUGCAGGCUCAUUGAAAAGACAUGCGUGUCUCCCACACAUACUCUAGAACAGCAUUUGAUGUGGGAUGACAUUGCCAUCCUUGCUCGCUACCUUCUCAUGUUGUCUUUCAAUAACUCACUUGAUGUGACCAGUCAUCUUCCAUACCUAUUCCAUAUUGUUACCCUGCUAGUAUCCACAGGACCCCUGUCUCUGCGGGCAUCAACACAUGGCCUUGUCAUCAACAUCAUACAUUCACUGUGCACCUGCCCACAGCUCCAUUUCUCUGAAGCCACUUUAAAAAUCCUCAAGCUGAGCCUGGCUGAAUUUUCGUUGCCCAAGUUUUACCAACUUUUUGGCAUUAGCAAGGUGAAGUCUGCCGCUGUGAGUGCCUUUCGCACCAGCUACCACCUCGGGGACCGGUCAUUCACAACAUCACCACCUGAACAUGAGAAGCUCUCCCUCAACUCUUUGGAGACCAUCACAGAUGCAUUAUUAGAAAUUAUGGAGGCAUGUAUGAAAGAUAUUCCAAGCUGUGAGUGGCUUAAUCAGUGGACUGAUUUGGCAAAACGAUUUGCAUUCCAGUACAAUCCAGCUCUUCAACCUCGAGCCAUUAUUGUGUUUGGUUGCAUCAGCAAAACUGUAUCAGACUCAGAAAUUAAACAACUUCUCAGGAUAAUGAUGAAAUCUCUGGAGGCUUACCGGGAGACUGAUUUUCAAUUAAUAGAAGCCGUCGUAAUGUGCCUGACUAGACUGCAGCCUCUCCUUCGACCAGAAUCUUCCAUUCACAAGUUUCUGUUUUGGGUGGCCAUCUCUGUUCUGCAGCUGGAUGUAAAGUCUUUAUAUGCUACUGGACUAGCUCUUCUUGAGCAGAAUCUCCAUACACUAGAUAACCUUGGCUUACUUGACAGUACAUCCUUAGAAGAUAUCAUGAUGGAAGCACGAGAACCAUUAGAAUGGCACUUCAAGCAACUUGACCAUUCAAUGGGACUCAGCUUUAAAAACAAUUUCAACUUUGCAUUAGUUGGUCAUUUGCUCAAAGGCUUUCGGCAUCCUUCCCCUACAACAGUCUCCCGUACAAUUCGAGUGCUUAACCAAUUGUUAGUCAUCACAGUCAAACCAUUAAACAGAGAUAAAUUUGAAGUAACACCUCAAACAGUUCCAUAUUUGGCAGCAUUAGUUUCUGUUUCUGAAGAGGUGCGCAGUCGGUGCCAUUUGAAGCACAGGGUUAGCCAAUAUGUGAUGACAGACUCACCAUCUUCAGACAGCAUCAGUGCAGAGUUGAACACCCCAGGCAUUACCAUUGGCACCAGUGCUUCAGCUCACUCCAUGUCAACAACACCCAUCCAGACUCCAUCCAAUGCUACUGCCUCCAUGACACCUGUUACUCGCCGACAGAAGAGUUGUGACAUCUUGGACAAAAGUGCCAUCUCUGUUGCCAGAAACAAUACUCAUUUAAUGCAAAAUCAGGUGAACAGUCCAAAGGUUUGGCGCAGCUUUGAUGCAGAUUCUUCAACUCGGCCACCAUUGUUUAAAACCAGAAGCAGUUCAAUGCCAACACCAGGUUCUAAGAAACUUGACAACACCAAGUCAGGGCUCAAUCUGCCUCGCAGUGGCCGUGGUUCAGUGUCUAAUGAAAAUAAUGUUCUACUUGAUCCUGAAGUGUUGACAGACUAUUCUACACAAGUGUUGGUACUAACUGUACUGGCAACAUUAGUGAGAAACACAACAGAUGAAAAUGAAGCUAGAAUAUUAUAUGAGUACUUAGCAGAGGCCUCAGUUGUGUUUCCCCGCGUCUUUCCUGUGAUACAUAGCCUUUUAGAUGCGAAAAUCAACUCUGUGUUAUCGUUAAGUCAGGACCAAGCUAUCCUGAAUGCAGUCCAAAGUAUCAUCCAAAAUAUGAUUGCUUGUGAAGAUUCAUCACAACAACAGUUAUCUUAUUUACAAAGUAUAGGAUUUGGUGGACUGUGGAGGUUUGCUGGUGGCUUUUCCAAGGACAAAACUUGA